AUGGAGGAACGGGACUGGUCGUCUCUCCCGUCCGACGUGCUCGCCGUGAUCCUGGAGCGCCUGCGGUGGUCGAGCCACCCGAGCUUCGCGUUGACGUGCCGGCACUGGCGCUCCGCCGUGUCGCCCUUCUACCCGGCGUGGAUCACCCCGCUCCUGCUCAGCACCGCCCACGUCGGCGUCACGAAUAUUCGGUACUAUAGCCCCUAUUACCACAAGAACUUCGAGGUCGGCGGCAAAGACGGCGACCACGCGGGCGCCAAGAUUUGCUGUGCCGCUGGGCGACACCUCACGCUUGAUUCGCCGAGCGCGGUACUCGAUGUCGAGCUUGUGACUGGGAACAUUAAUAAGGUUCCACAUAUAUAUAGGGGUAAUUUUGAUUUUGUCAUCUACGACGACAGGGCGCAUAGAAUAUUCGGUAUCGACGCGGUUCUCCCACUCAAGAUUGGCUAUGCCAACUGGAACAGCGAUGAUGGCGUGUGGGAGGACUGGACAUUGAUGGAGCUCGGCAUCAAUGGGCCACGACUACUACCGUCACCUGUCACCAACCCGGUUAUCCAUUGCGGCUUGAUAUACCUUCUAAACGAUCAAGGAGGGUUGGUAAUGUAUGACCCAUGCAAGCAUGAUGAAGGGUUUGAGUUUCUUGACAACCCCACGAGCUUCGGUUUCAAACACUACAAUAGCUACCUGGUUGAGUCUGAUCAGCAUGAGCUGAUGGCCGUCCUCCUUGGCCGACGCGGGACACUGAACCAUGUCAUCAAGCUUAACGAAAAGAAGAUGGAGUGGGAGAAGGUGGAGAGUUUGCAAGGACGGACGUUGUUCACCGGCACACUCACAUCGAUGGUGAAGAAGACCAAGUUUAAGUGGAUGGAGGAUAGAGUGUUCCUCCCGGUGUUCUACAAAUGGCCUGACACCAUCCAUGCUGACCUUAUUUCUCGUGAUGAUGAAUUAGCCUUUGUAUAA